AGGAGGCACUUGUGGGCAUUAUUUUUGUAUUGGUUUCUUGUGAGGAACGCUAUCUAAAAAUGUACAGACAGUACCUUGUUAGGUCGUAUGUUGAAAGCAAGAAAACAAUCAAAUGGUGUCCAGCCCCUGGUUGUGAGUAUGCUGUUGAAGUGGGUAAUCAUGGAAGUGGGUCAGGGUCAUAUGAGGUUACUUGUGAAUGCUGUUAUGAGUUUUGUUGGAACUGUUUAGAGGAAGCUCAUGGUCCAGUAGAUUGUGAGAUUGCAAAAAAGAGUAUGUUGGAGAACAAUGAUUUUGGGAAAACAGAAAACUGGAAGUUGGUUAACACAAAGCGUUGCCCCAAGUGUAAUUCUGCCAUUGAGAAAGGUGGAGGUUGCAGGCAUAUGACUUGUGUAUUUCCAUGUUGCUUUGAGUUUUGCUGGAUCUGCCUUGGCAAUUGGUUCGACCAUGAUGCUCAUUAUGCCUGUGAUUGGUAUUAUGAUAGUUAAGAUGAUGUAGUAGAAUGAAAUGGAAAUACCAUUAACCAUUAUUAUGUG